GAAAGGAUCAGUCCUCCAAUACAAGGUUGCCAAGACAUUGGGGUUCAAACACUGGAUUCAUGAGAUGAGGUUAAACUGCCAAUGCGAUUUGCCGGACUCGUGGAUUGAGGAAAACUUACCCUCCUUAACCCGACAGAAGCUGGUGAAGCCUCAUCGGUCAACCAAACCAUCUGAUGCUGCCGUAACUUCGCGCGACAUCAGAUUGACUACUGAUCCUUCUCUGCAAGUUGUCCGGAUGAACGCUGUUGAUGACUCAGUGCUGGAUUUAACCGAGCCUGUUCUUGGGACUUCAGAAGCUAGUGGGGAGACAACCUCAAAGACAGAAAAAGAACUGGAAACAAAAGUAAAGUCUACCACCAAGCCAAAGCCCAAGUUCAAAGAACCAAAAACCUUGGAGGAAUCCUACAGCAAAGAGUCAACAUCAGUUGUUAAGACAAGACCUGCAUCUGUUGUAAAGUUGCCAUCCUUGAAAACAACAUAUAUACAGUCAACAGAGAGGAAAAUAGGAGUUUCUUCAAAUAAGCGAUCCUUGACCAUAACUGUUGACAGUCCACGGACAAAGGCAACUUUACCCGAGACAACAGAAUAUUGUAUACUGUCAUCAUGUGGAUCCAUGGACAAGAGAGCGAGGAGACAUGCCCUAGCAAAGCACCUGCCAGCUGUGUUUAAGGACGCGACUGGUGUGGAGCAUUUGCCUGGUGCUGUCCAAGCACUAAGAUGGUUGGUUCAUAUGGCCUAUGGACAAGAAGCUUCAUUAUGGGAUGCUGUGCACAGGGUGAAUCAGUCGGGUUUAAUUCCGGAGUCUGCCAACCUAAAUCCCUUGCAUCAUAAAGUAUUUAUAGAGGCAUGCAAGCUGUUGCAGAUUUCAGAGCCCAGUCAUUUCACCUUGCGACCCAUCAACUCUCCUGCUGUGUUGCUGUUCUGGAGGUGCAUUAUGGUGAUUCUGAAUAGCUGUAGUCCUGAUCAACAGCAGCAGUUUUACCAUUUCCAGCCGUUAGAAGACCCCAGCAAGGAAGAUAAGAUGGUAGAGGAAGCGUCGGAUUCUGAACUGCCGUCAGACUUGGAGGAAUUUAUCCUGGUAGAUGAGGCUGAUUCGGACCAAGACGAAUCUACAGUACUGGCCAACACAUCAUUGCCUCAGGUAUUUGAUGCCCAUUUCCACCUAGACCGUUCACUUAGGGCAGUCUGGGGGAGGUCUGGAGGACGUACUGUAGAGGAGUUACUGCAAUACAGCUUCUCCAGUGAUGUUUCCUAUAAGCCAGCCAUCAAGGUAGACGUAGUUGGGGGAAUUAUUGUAUAUAGUGAGCCCAAGUCCUAUCCAGAGGUAAACUUCACCUUACAAGGUCCCUGGAAAGUGGCAAUUGGAGUUCAUCCUAAGCAUUAUGAUACCCUCACCGUAGAGAAAACGAUGAAGAUGCAACAACUCCUAGAACAUCCUAAAGUAGUGGCAUUGGGGGAAUGCGGCCUAGACAGAACCAUUGCUCCUUCCCAGUGGUGUAGACAAGAGGAAGUGUUUGUUAGGCUUCUGAAGUUAACAAAAGUCGAGCAGCCCCUUGUUCUCCACCUCAGAGGACCAAGAGGAGACACUUAUUCCUCAGAUGUUCAUGGUCGUUGCCUCAUGUUAAUGGAGGAUAUCUGUGACCCAGAACAGAAAAUCCAUGUACACUGCUUCAUGGGAAGAGCUGACGUGGUGAGGACUUGGCUGCGGAAAUUUCCAAACACGUACUUUGGAGUGACAGCUGCCGUCAGAGCCUUUGACCAUGAACAGCUGGAAGGGUUACAGGCUAUCCCUCAUAAUAAGUUGCUCCUGGAGACCGAUGCGCCCUACUUUCCUUUAGGAGGUGCCAUCGUGAGUACUCCAGCUUAUUUGGGAGAAGUAGCAGCUUAUUUAUCCGUCCAUUUGAACAUGCGCCCCCCAGAGCUGAUGAGAACAACCGUCAUGAAUGCACGGAAGCUCUACAGAUGUUAA